CUGGCUAGAGCUCCUUUGGAAAUUUCUGCAGGUGUCCAAGUCUCCGGUCAGCCCACAGCGCCCUGCAGCCGGGUUUCAUCCGCAACCAAGAGCCUGCCCUCUCUCGGGGCUAACACUUCCCACGCCCAGCUCCAGGCAAGAUCCUGACCCAAGGACUUGCAAAAGCCAAGCCAAAGCCCAAAAAUGGAAGCAGAAGAGCCUCAUACCACCAUGGAUGCAGAGAAGCACCCUUCUUCAAAGGACCCCUCUGCUGAGGACUCACAGGAGCCCCUUAUCCCUGACACCCCCUUGGAGUCUUCCAUCUCUCAUAUCGCUUUAGAGCCCCACACCGCUGCAUCUCAAACUAUGCCAUCCACUUCCCAUACUGAGUUAGAGACCUACAUCUCUGAAAACCCCUUGGAGCCUUCCGUCUCUGAGACUCCUUUAGAGCCCCCCACCUCUGAAUCUCAGAUGAUGUCACCCACUUCCCAUACUGAGUUAGAGACCUACAUCCCUGAAAACCCUUUGGAGCCUUCCAUCCCUGAGACUCCUUUAGAGCUCAACACCUCUGAAUCUCAGAUGAUGCCACCCACUUCCCAGACCCCUUUAGAGACCUACACCUCUGAAACCCUUUUGGAGCCUUCCAUCUCCAAGGCCUCUUUAGAACACUCUAAGGUCCCAGAGGACCUUACUUUAUAUAACUCAUCACCAGACCAUGUCUCUGAUGCUUUGAAGACAGGCCUCUCCUCUGAGAUCUCAUGGCCAGGAAGUUCCACACAAAUCCGUGAAUCUGAGAUCCUUCCAGAGUAUUCCCUUUUAGACCCUUCAGCCAAGGUCCACCUGGACACAUUUGCAGAGGAAAGGAAAGAGGAAGGAGAGGACAAGGAGGGGGAGGAUGCCACUGUCAGCACCACUCACACGGCUCAGCCUGGACGUCAUCUGGGUGAUACAGCCAGUCCAGUGGUCCUUGCUAAGCAGGCAGAGCUGGUGGAAGUGCCUGAGGCAAUGCAAAGAGAAAAGUGUGGUGCUCAUGUGAACAAUCCUUUCCAAUGGGAGAAGAAUGCAGCCCUGAAGGCCACCCAGACAGGUCUCUACAUUGGUUGGCGUUGCCCCCAUUAUCUAUGGGACUGUUUCCGAAUUGGGGAUGAAUCCAAGUGCUUUUGUGGACACUUGUUGAGAGAGCACCGGAUCAUAUCAGACAUAUCCGUGCCUUGCAAUGUGAGUCAGUGCCGCUGCCUCAUGUUCUGCUUUAUACCAUCAAGCCCAGAGGAGGUGGGUGAGUUCUGGCUCAAGAGGCGGGCCACCUUUGACCCCAAGGCCUGGAGAGCCCAAUGUCGCUGCAAACACAGCCAUGAAAACCAUGCAGCUACCGGGUGCCAUCCCUGCAGGGUCAAAGGCUGUUGCUGCUACUGCUUUGAGUCAAAUUUCCUCUGUGCAGCCUGUGACCGGCGUUGGGAGGAACACGAGACUUUCUUUGAGACUGAGGAGACCCGGCGACGAGGAGGGAGGCCUCGCGGGACAGACACUGUCAACAGCUGGCACAGGCCUGUGUGAGCUUGGUCCAAAUCAGCAAUAAAGGAGAAGCCACUGGA